GAUUUGAAGUGAGGUUAUUUUGCUCUCAAAACGAAAACAUUGUAUAACCGGAAUCGGUAUGCAUGAUUUUUUUGUAUUUUAUAAUUUAAUGUAAAAUUUCUUGUUAAUUGGCUGAAUUUUAAAACAUUUCGAGAUGCUGGUGCGUCGUCCUGUACAGGCCAUCUCGUGCCUGGUGCGAGGUUUCUCCAACAUUUCCAUUCGAGAAUCGACAAAGGUUUUCAGCGCUGUUCCACCGAGGAAUCUGGCACGGGAAACGAAAGCGGACACUCCCCUUCGGAUCACCUUCUUGCCACGGGAAAUUUCCUUGGAUAUUGGCCAUUCCCGCAACAUCAACCCUCUGAUUCCGCGGAAGGAAAUCAUAGAUAUUCCGCUGAUCAAUCGCAUCAUUGAGAAUCCCAAUCAGUCUCGCAUUUCGGAAAUUGGCGAUCGGUUACCAGCUGUGGCACCGGUUGUGGACCUUCCCACCAGCAGCGGCAAAGUAGAUGACAACGGUAUUCAGGCUGCUCGGUUGAUUGUGAUCCGACGACGAAAAAUGCGAAAACACAAGUUGAAGAAGCUCCGCAAGAAGAUGAAAUACGAAUGGGCAAAGGUGCGCCAACGGCGGGAGCUGCGCAAGGAAAAGGCCUUCCAAGCUGGGCUGAUCAAUCAAAUCAAAGAGGCUGAACGGUUCUCGGCUGAAAUGUAUGUCGCGGAGAAGCUUCGGCAGGCCAACGACACGCCCAUUCCUCGAUUCUGGAAGGGCAAACGGUUGCCGCAGUUCAUCAUCAAGCAAAAGCUGGGAAUUGAGUAGAAUGGCGGGUGACUGUUGGUUAGAAAAUUGUGAAAAAAUAAUAAACUAUUGUAAUUAAA